AUGACCGUCUCUUGGCUUUUCGUCGUCUUUUGCGUGGCCACCGCGACAGCAGCGACAGCGCUCUACGAUCGAAAUUUGGCGUACUGGUCUCCGUAUGCGGACCACCCACAGCUUGCGGUAAACACCAAGGCACUCGAAGCGCACCAUCUGAAAGAGUUCCAACGGCGACAAACUACAGAAAACAAGUUCGACGACAACCACUAUCCGACGUUCUAUGGCGCUCAUUUUGGGACUAGCCCAACGGUUUGGAGCGGAGGCAUCAACUUCACACACUCGGUGGCCAGCGGCGACCCUUUCGACACCUCUGUCCUCAUCUGGACCCGCGCCUUUCCCCUCGGCGCUGGGCCAGACCAAAGCGUGCCAGUUUGCGUCUCGUAUGACGUAUUCUCCUCGCCAGGGAUGCAGGGGAAGCCAGUCCAGUCAGACCAAGCCUUCACCAGCUGGGACGUGGACUUCACCGUCAAGUUCGAAGUCAAGGGCCUCAAGCCAGACACCCAGUAUUCCUAUGUGUUCUCCGACUGCACCAACCCAGCGACAACCAGCCCGGUUGGGAAAACACGAACUCUCCCCAGCCCAAACACACCCGCCAAUACAGUCAACGGUGGCAAGCCUCUGACGUUGGCAGUGUUUUCAUGCUCUCAAUUCCAGACUGGAUGGUUCAAUGCUUAUGGAGUUGCCGCGCACAACACCUCGGCGGACAUCUUCGUCCAUCUCGGCGACUACAUCUACGAGAGCGUUGGAAAUGGUGCUGCCAUUGGCCGAGCGGUUCUAGGAAGGGAGCUUGCAACCAUCCACGACUACCGGCAGCGCUAUGCCCAAUAUCGGACUGAUAGCAGCCUGCUCGCCGCACAUCUGAACGCGCCGUGGAUUAAUGUUUGGGUAUAUUACUACCAAUCUAAUCAAGUUCUGAAGCUGAAGAUUGCCUCCAACUCUAGGAUGAUCACGAGUCUACAGGUGGCCGACAACACAUGGAAGGCCGGCUCGACCAACUCCAACGACAGUUCAGCCGGCUGUGCCUUUUCUGCGUCAGGGGCCUGCUUCACCGACCGCAAGCUCGCCGCCGUCCGUGCCUACCACGAGUGGAUCCCCGUUCGUCAAGUCGAGACCACCGACCUCUUGCGCAUCUGGCGCAACUUCCAGAUCGGGAAGCUUCUGGAUCUGACCAUGCUGGACACGCGUCAAUAUGACCGAGAUGUUACUGACGUUGACUAUAACCAUGUCAUUGCGUCCUUGGCGGAUAUUCCCGACCGUUCACUCAUGGGUGCCGCCCAGGAAAAAUGGUUCUCAGAUACCCUCAUCGAGUCUCAAAACCGCGGGGCUAUUUGGAGGAUCGUCGGUCAACAAAUCGUGUUCACCCAAAUUCUGCUGAACGGCGUGUUCGCCGAUCUGGACGACUGGGACGGGUACCGCAUGAACCGCCAGCGCAUCCUGGACCACCUGCACGCGAAUAAAAUCAGGAACACCAUCAUCCUCUCGGGCGACAGCCACGCCAACUGGGUCUCCGAUCUCGCGCACCCCAACGACACAACGACAUACGACCCCGUGACUGGCAAAGGCUCCAUCGCUGUCGAGUUCGCAGGGACCGCUGUGACCUCGCCGUCCCCAUUCGGUGCUGGUAUGUUUACUAAUACUACCUCACACACCACUUACCCAAAAUCACCCAGGCGCCACGCCAGCCCAGACCAACCCGAUCUCUGCGCUGAUCGUCGCCCAGAACCCCGACAUUCCUUCCGCGGAUUCUUCACGCUGACCAUCGACACGAAGCAAGCCAAUGCGACCUACUAUGCCAUGUCCAACGUUGGGACACCAAACCUGGGCUCAUUUGUUAGUGCUACAUUCACGGUCAAUGCUGGUGAAGAUCGGUUGGCUCGACCAGUCGCAGGCGGAGUUGUCGCGGCUGGAGUACUCAAGAAUGGAUCUUAG